GCGUGGCGUUUGACAUUUUCCAUAUUCCUCGCCACUUUCUUAUGCCUCAUCUCGACCGGUUUUUUCCUCCUCUGCCACUAUUUUCAGACUUAUUCGAUGUAAACAAUUUAAAUAAGAGAAAAAGUGGAAUUUCGAAUCGAAACGGGCAAGGGAACGUAUUCAUACGUCCUCGGGGUCCCCCCACCGUAAGGAAACCGGACUGCGACAAGGUCGCCAGGCCCUGGUCACCAACCGUUCCGACAAGGCGAAACCUCGUCCGGCAGAAGAGGUACUAAUCACCAUAGGAGACUCAGCAAUUCAGCAUACAUCAUGCUGUACAGGAGAUUCGGCCUUAUUCUCAAAGGAGGUUGUCGAAUCUUCGACCCGGCCAAGGUGGCAAGAUGUUCGUAUUCGUCAAUAAUAUCACCGUUGUCUCCACAUGAGGUCCAGGAGAGGAGGAUACGCAGUAGCAAAAAGGUCUUCGAGAGUGCUGUUGAGGCUGUCAAAGACAUACCGAAUGGCGCAACCAUCCUUUUCGGUGGGUUCGGACUGUGCGGGAUACCGGAAAACCUGAUCGCCGCUCUCCUUGAGGUUGGCACGAAGGACCUGACCAUCGUGAGCAACAACGCCGGUGUGGCGGACUUCGGACUUGGCCUGCUGUUGAAAGAGCACCGGGUGAAGAAGGUGAUUGCAUCGUAUGUCGGGGAAAACAGCGAGCUCGAACGGCAGUUCCUCCAGGGCGAGCUGGAAAUGGAACUGACACCGCAGGGCACCCUGGCGGAAAGGAUACGAGCCGGUGGUGCUGGCAUUCCGGCUUUCUUCACACCGACGGCGUUUGGUACGCUCGUGCAAGAAGGUGGCGCACCUCUCAAAUACGGCCCUGGCGGGAAAGGAAUUGAAAAAUCAAGCAGCAGGCGAGAGACAAGGCAAUUUGAAGGUAAAAACUAUGUGAUGGAGACGGCAAUCACAGCUGAUUGGGCUUUGAUCAAAGGUUAUCAGUGCGACCACGAGGGAAAUACUAUUUUUAGGAUGUCGGCAAGGAAUUUCAACCCGGUGAUGGGCAGGGCAGCCAAGAAGACGAUAGUCGAAUGCGAGGAGGUCCACCCAACAGGGAAAAUCUCGCCAGACGCUGUUCACCUCCCGGGAAUAUUCGUGAACAGGAUCAUCAAAGGAAAAUCGUACCAGAAACGAAUCGAGAAAGUCACUGUACAGAAGAAAACCUCUUCGGCGGUCGUUGAAACUCCAGCGGCCAAGAUGCGGCAGAGGAUAAUCAAGAGGGCCGCUCUUGAAUUCAAGGACGGCAUGUACGCCAACUUAGGAAUAGGAAUUCCAAUGUUGGCGUCGAAUUACAUUCCGAAGGGGAUCAAGGUGAUACUCCAGUCUGAAAACGGAAUUCUAGGCCUUGGUGCAGCGCCCGAAACGCGCGAAGAGUGCGACCCAGAUCUGAUAAACGCCGGUAAAGAAACAGUCACUGUGCUCCCUGGCGCGAGCUUUUUUGGAUCGGAAGAGAGCUUUGCCAUGAUACGAGGAGGACAUUUAGAUCUGACAAUUCUUGGCGCGAUGGAAGUCUCGAGAUAUGGUGACCUGGCAAACUGGAUGAUCCCCGGGAAAUUGGUCAAAGGUAUGGGAGGAGCGAUGGACCUCGUAGCGGCACCAGGUACAAAGGUUGUCAUCGUAAUGGAACACAAUUCGAAAGAGGGCGGUUUCAAAAUCGUCGAAGAGUGUAAAUUGCCUCUCACCGGUAAAAACGUCGUCGAUAUGAUCAUCACCGAGAAGGCUGUUUUCAACGUGCAUCCCGAGGAUGGCCUGACACUCAUCGAGCUGGCCGAAGGCGUCGAACUCCCCGAGCUGAUUACGACGACUGGAUGCGAAUUCAGAGUCGCGGAAAAUUUGAAGAAGAUGCAACAGAUUGAUUGUUGAAUGGGACGGAUCGUCAGAAAACCCGUCUCGCUAGUCGACUUUGGCUUUUGAGAACGUUCUACCGAAACCUCAUCCCCAAUUGGUAUAUUUUUUUAUUAUGUAAAUAAGAUAACUAUAAAAAAUGUUGAAAAUUUUGUUAUAAUAAAAAUUCCAGUUAAAGUU